AUGACUUCUCUGUCUGGGACCAAAGAGAGGUCUGUGACCAGCAGGAGCAGAAAAUACGGGAUGACCGACACCUCCCCGACAAAAUCAGCCUCCUUCUCCCCGGAGACAUGGUACAGAAAGGCCUAUGAGGAGUCCCGGACCGGCAGCCGACCCGCUCCAGAGGGAGCCGGCUCUAUGCCCAGCUCCACAGGCACCCCCUCCCCAGGAUCUGGCACCUCGUCCCCGGGAUCCUUCUCCGGUUCCCCCGGGACCAUAUCUCCAGGGAUCGGGACCGGUUCCCCUGGGUCUCUAGGUGGCUCGCCAGGUUUCGGUACAGGUUCGCCGGGCUCUGGCAGCGGGAGCUCUCCUGGUUCUGAGAGAGAGAGGGGGAUAUGGUGUGAGAACUGUAAUGCCCGGCUGGCGGAGCUGAAGAGACAGGCGCUGAAGCUACUGAUUCCCGGCCCCUACUCCAGCAAGGAUCCGUCCUUCUCCCUGCUCCUCCACGACAAGCUUCAGGUGCCCAACAGCUCGGGGCGGGCCUGGAAUGAGCGUGACAGUCGCUGUGACGUGUGUUCCACCCACCUGACCCAGCUGAAACAGGAAGCAGUCCACAUGGUGCUGACCAUGGACCAGUGGGACCUGUCCCCCAGCUCGCCCCCCACCCUGCCCAGCCACAGUGGCCCUCCACAGGGCCCCACAGCCCCAAGGGACUGGGCUUACCUCCCUUCAGCCGCAGCAGCCUACCCCCAUCCCCGGUACCCCCGCCAAGGUUCCAAGCCCAGUUCCCUAGGAGUAGGCCUCGGGGUGGAGAGGAGGAACGGCUCCCCGGCACACUCCAGUAAGACCACCGGUGUCCCGUCGGCCCAGCCGCCCAACAGCCCGGGUAGUAACGGGAACAGUUCUGUUAGCGGAGCAGUGUUGAGUACAGCAGCCCUGCAGGCUCACCAGUACAUGUCUCGCACCAACGGAGGAGGAGUCACACUCUACCCCUACCAGAUCUCCCAGAUGAUAUCUGAUGGGUGUCGAGAGGGUGUGACGGAGGCAGUUCUGAACCGCUACAACGCUGAUCGCCCCUCGUCCUCGCAGGCCCCUCCCACUCUGCUGGUUACCACGGCAGCACCAACCACCACCUCUGCCGCCGCGUCCUUCUUCGCCAGAGCUGCUCAGAAGUUGAACCUGUCAUCGAAGAAGAAGAAGCAGCGCCCAGCGCCCCCCCCAGUUGUGUGUGACCCCCCUCUGUUCCCCACCAACUUCAGUGGGACCCUGCAGACCGCCCCUCCCCCCGCCCCACCUUGCCUGUUACGGGCUGCCAGCAAGAUCAAAGACACCCCCGGACUAGGCAAGGUGAAGGUGAUGGUGCGUGUGUGUCCCGUGAUGUCCUCGGACGCAGCAGAGUCCAGCUCCUUCCUCAAGGUGGACACCAGGAAGAAGCAGGUGACCAUUAUGGAUCCAUCAGCCAACCAGAUGCAAGGAAACACCCUCCAGAAACGAGGAGUCAAUCAGGCCCCACCUAAGAUGUUUGCCUUCGACGCCGCCUUCCCCCAUGAUGCAUCACAGGCGGAGGUGUGUGCUGGUACUGUAGCUGAGGUCAUUCAGUCGGUGGUGAACGGAGCAGAUGGCUGUGUCUUCUGCUUCGGACACUCUAAACUGGGUAAAUCCUACACCAUGAUAGGUGGUGAUGAGUCCAUGCAGACCCUGGGGAUCAUCCCCUGUGCCGUCUCCUGGCUCUUCAAGCUCAUCAACGAGAGGAAGGAGAAGACGGGAGCACGCUUCUCUGUCCGAGUCUCAGCCGUAGAGGUUUGGGGUAAAGAGGAGAACCUGAAAGACUUGCUGUCUGAAGUGGCGACAGGCAGUUUGCAGGACAGCCAGUCCCCUGGAGUUUACCUCUGCGAGGACCCCAUCUGUGGCAUGCAGCUCCAGAACCAGAGUGAGCUGCGAGCCCCCACGCCAGAGAAAGCAGCCUUCUUCCUGGAUGCAGCCAUAGCAGCUCGCUACAGCAGCAGAGCUGACGCCGACCCAGAGGAGCAUCUCAACUCACACAUGCUGUUCACACUGCACAUCUACCAGUACCGCAUGGAGAAGACUGGCAAGGGAGGGAUGUCGGGAGGUCGCAGUAGACUCCACCUGAUAGACCUGGGCAGCUGUGUGAAGGUGCUGGGAGGAGAGAUGGGCAGGGAGAGCAGUAGUAGUACAGCAGCAGGACUGUGUCUGUCCCUCUCUGCCCUGGGGAACGUCAUCCUGGCUCUGGUCAACGGCAGCAAACAUAUCCCCUACAAGGACAGUAAGCUGACCAUGCUACUGAGAGAGUCGCUGGGCAACAUGAACUGUCGGACCACCAUGAUUGCCCACAUCUCCUCAUCGCCUAGCAACUUCUCUGACACGCUCUCCACCCUCCAGAUCGCCUCGCGCCUCCUCCGUAUGAAGAAGAAGAAGACCAAACAAUACACGUCCAGUUCGUCAGGGGGUGAGAGUUCGUGUGAGGAGGGUCGUAUGCGUCGCCCCACCCACCUGAGACCAUUCCACUCCCGUAGCUCUGCCGACUCCAACCUUCCCCUGCUGCACCUCUCCAGUGACCCAGAUGACUACUCCAGUAGCGAGCAGUCCUGCGACACCGUCAUCUACGUGGGCCCCAAUGGGGGUGCUGUCUCGGACCGUGAGCUGACCGACAACGAGGGUCCGCCAGAGUUUGUCCCCAUCAUUCCUGCUCUGCUGAAGAACAAAGCCGAGUCUGCCGUCCUGCCGACUACACCAACUCUACAACAACAACAGCAACAGACAGUACUCUCCCAGCCCCAGCCUGCCCCUACACAGACACACACCCAGCCCUCUGCCCUGCCUACACAGUCCCUCAUCGCCCUAACCCAGCCCCCACUCCCUCUCCUCCAACCUCUGGGCCAACCCCUGCCCCCUGUGCCAGAGGAAGGGGCGGAGUGUCUCAAGUGUAACACCUUCGCCGAGCUGCAGGAGCGGCUGGAGUGUAUCGACGGGAGCGAAGAGGUGGCCAAGUUCCCCUUUGAGGAGGUGCCGGUUAAUAGGGGGGCCAAGUCUGACACCCUGGUUCCCCCUGGGUCUGAGACAGAGCCUACGGGAGGGGUGGGAGUGGAGGUGGAGGUAGAGACCUCCAGGAGGAUGUCCAAUGACAAGCAGCUCCAGGAGAUCAGGGAGGUGGUGGAAGAGGCAGAACUGGCCCAGACCAUGAUAGAGAGUCUGAGCCUGACCGGCAGCAGCAGUGUGACGGGCAGCAGUGGAGCUGGACACACCAGCACUAACCCUCUACAGAGGGCCAAGAGCGCCAGCCUCUAUGACAGUCGUGAGUCUUUGAGCGCAGGCAGUAGCAGUGAUGGUAAGCCCCGCCCCCUGGGUUCUCCUCGGCUGGGCAUCGCCUCUCUUACCAAGACCUCUGACUACAGACCUCCUUCCUCACCCUCACAGCGCUGCAAGGUCUACACCCAGAAGGGUGUGAUGCCGGGAACGCCCCCUCUGUCCUGCCAGAGUCUGUCUACUGCAGACAGCCUGGCUGCAGAUAGUGGGAGGUCCUCUACAGAUUCCCUGCUGCAGCUGGAGUCCCUGUCCAGGACCUCCCCGAUGAGAAUGAGUCCCCAGGUGCUAAAGCGCACCGACUCCUUGUCUGCCAGCCUGGGGUCUGCUGAGACACUGUGUGACGAUAAUGUUCCUCAGAUACCUCUGGAUGUACGCAGGGACACCCCAGUUCCUGCUCUAGCCCCCAGCCCCUCCUCUACCCCAGCCCCAGCAGACCCUCGCUCUCUGGGGGAAGAUGAGCUGGUAUUCACCCUGGGGUGUGAGGAGGGGCUGGAUGUCCGGGGCAUGCUGGAGAGUGGCGGUCGUCCCACUAGCAUCAUUAGCUUCACCAGCGACUGUUCCGUCACCGCCCUGGCCUCAGGAUCCCGCCCUGUCUCCAUCAUCAGCAGCAUCAGCGAUGACCUGGAGUGCUAUGGAAACAACACUACUGUCAUUGUUACGACCACCGGAAUGGUCACAAUGACAAGCGCCUCAGUCGCCGGGGUGAUCGCCAUGGCGGAAGUCAGCAUGGCGAAGCUUCGCGUGGAAGGAGAGGCGAUGGCGGCGCUGCCGAGCUGCCGGUCGUCCAUCUCAUCGUGGCUGAGUGAGCUGAGUGCUGGGAGUGACGGGGAUCAGUCCCUGCACAGUUUCGGCCAGUCCCAUGGACAUGGGGAGGCUCUGGCCGAGCUAGACCCCCCACAGGUGCCUCUCUCUGUGGCAGAGGAGCAAGAUGAGGUGUCCCUGGGUUCUAGAGGAAGGAAGACUCCUGACAGCGAAGUAGUGUUGUGUGGAGAUGAGAACGGAACAGAGAAGGAGAAGAGCACCCUGACUAAAGAGAGGCUGAAGAGACUGUCUCCCUCCAUGGGUAAGACCAACAUCACCGUCUCCAACAUCCAGACCCUGGGGGCCUCCAGCAACUUCCUCCCCUUCAAGACCAACAUCACAGUCCACUCCUGUGUGGCCGUCAAACCCAUGGUUAUACAGGAGCCCACUAUACUGUCCUCCCCUACCAAGACUCACCUGUUGUCCAAGGACCCAGCCAAGCCUGCCCCAGCCCAAGCCCUGGUCCUGGCCUCCAUGUCCAGCGAGCUCAGCUUCGACGACCCCUGGAUGAAGAGAGAUGGAGGCGAUGUGAGGCCUAAGGAGCUGGUGUGUAAGGUGAAGCCGGAGAAGAGGGUGGUGGAGCCACCAGUCAAGACAGACCCAGCUAAGACCCAGGCCUGGCCCCAGGGUGACAGGGCCAGCAGGGUGGACAGUGGCUACGGAGGGGACCGUUGCAGCUCCAGCAGCGGUGAGACCGUCUCCUCUCCAGACUCCUGUAAGAGGGUGGUGGACGGCUGUGAGAUGGUGCUGGUCAGCUCUGGGGAGUGUCUGAUGACUCCCGUCUACUCUGCCGACAUCCUGCGCACCGCCAGUCUGCCCCGCGGCUGGCACCGGAUCAACCGCCAUGACGGCCUGGACGAGGACUCACUCCGCUACGGCGCUAACGGAGGAGGGGCAGGGGGGGAGUACCGGGGCCUAGGGAUCACCACCUCCACCCCCUGUAGUCCGAGGGCAACACUGGACCGACGGGGGUCGUCCGGGAGACAAGGCCUGUUCUCCCGCCAGAAAGGGAUCCCACCGCUGCCACCAGUACGCAAGUCCAGUCUGGACCAGAAGAACCGGGCAGGAGGCCCCCUCAGCCCCCUGCACGCACCCAGCCAUGGCCUCUCCUUCCUGGGGAGCACCCCGGAGGACCUAGGUGGGCUUGGUGGAGGGAAACAGAAGGGGUCUAAUGUGGAGAGCAGUAGGUUGUUCAGUGCUAAACUAGAGCAGCUGGCUAACAGAACCAACUCUCUGGGGCGGUCCCAUGGAGGUCACAGCUCUCUUGGCCCCCACUACGACUGCCUCUCCCUGGAGAGGGGGGAGAGCCUCAGCUCUCUGGGCUGGAAGGGGGCAGCCGGAGGGGGGAGGGGGGACUGCAAUAUGCCCCAUCCCGGACGUAGCAUCAUCCGCUGUGGCUCAGUGUCAUCCUCCUCCCCUAAUGGAAACGGUUCCGGUAACAGCCCCGGCAGUGCUCCCAAAUCGCCCAAGUCGAGCCAGUCGAAGAUCUCAGCGGUCAGCAAGCUGCUGAUGGCCAGCCCUAAGACCCGCAGCCUUUCGGCCUCCAGCACCAAGACACUCAGCUUCUCCACCAAGUCUCUGCCCCAGUCUGUCAACCGCAGCUCCAGCUUGCCUCCCAACGGCAAGACCCAGCCCCAGCCCCAGGGUCAGACCUCCAGCCAGGCCCUGGGACAGAACAAGGAACCCAGCUCUGGCUCCUGGGCCACCCAGUCUCUGAGUCACAGCCGAGGGGGAGGCCUGACCGUCAAGCUGCCUCUGAGAGCCGCCAACGGACGCAUCUCCGAGCUGCUUCAGGGCAACGGAGGCUCUCGAUCAACCAGUCACAACCGAGUAGGAGGCUCCGAGGCUGGGGAGGAGAGGGGUGCCGGAGGAAGUGGAGGUGGAGCAGGUGGUGGAGGGACACAGGGAGAGGAGAGACCAGUGAUAGUCCACACCCUGCCGUCUCCCUACAGUAAGAUCACAGCCCCCAAGCGGCCCCAGCGCUGCAGCAGCGGCCAUGCCAGUGACAACAGCAGUGUUCUGAGUGGCGAGCUGCCCCCGGCCAUGGGGAAGACAGCCCUGUUCUACCACAGCGGGGCCAGCAGUGGCUACGAGAGCAUGCUGAGGGACAGCGAGGCCACAGGAAGCACCUCCUCUGCCCAGGACUCUCUGAGCGAACACAGCUCAGCCACCAGCAGCAGCCGCCGUAGCCUCAAGAACAACAAGAAGAGGAACAACAACACAGGUACCCAGCGUCGUCGUCUGAUUCCCAGCCUGACCCUGGACUCGUCCUCUCUGAUCAGGAAGCCCGCCAUCAGCUCCAGCGUACGCUGGGUCGACGGCCCGCUAAGCCCCGCCCCCAGGGGAACCACAGAACCCUUCGAGAUAAAGGUCUACAAGAUAGACGACGUGGAGCGCCUGCAGAGGAGGAGAGAGAAAGGAAACAAGGAGGUGGUUUAUUUCAGUGCUAAGCUGAAGACCUUGGAGCACAGGCAGCAGCGGAUCUCCGAGAUCCGAGCCAAGUAUGACUGGCUGAAGAAAGAGCUGGAGCAGACCAAGCAGCACCUGAUGCUGGAGCCAGACAAAUGGACCACUGAAUUUGACCUGCAGCAGACGUUUGAGGUAGACUCUCUGGAGUACCUGGAGGCUCUAGAGGUGAUGACAGACAGACUGGAGACCAGGGUCAACUUCUGCAAGGCUCACCUCAUGAUAGUCACCUGCUUCGACGUCACCUGCUGCCGCAGGUAG